AUGGCAUCCAAGGAUCAGGUUGCUGCGCCGUUGGGCUUCCUCGCUGUCGAGGUAGACAUUGCUAGGCCGCCCGGUGACCCCUACAACGAACAUACAUGGAGCUUCCCGUUGAUCCGCGAGACGGUCCGUAACACGGCUGUUUCUUCACUUGUCACGGAUGUACCAUACGAAGACUCAUUUCUUGACGGGUUUGUCGCUGCUGGUCUCAAGCUUGCUGAACGCGGCGCUGUCGGCAUCAUGACUAGCUGUGGGUUUUUGGCGCUGGCGCAAAAGAGGUAUGUCAACACAAAGCUGGAUCCCUCCUUCACCCCUCAAGCAUCGCAAGCUCACGCAGCUGCAGGCUUUCGAAUACCUAGCCUCUGCUCCAUGCUUCCGCCCGCAGCCUCUGUAGGAAUCAUGACUUAUGAUGCCACCCGUCUUAACGAUAAGCAUCUCAGGGAGCUCGAUAUUGACAUAACGAGGAUCAAGAUAUCGGGAGCUCCGGCAGAGGGUCACUUGCAAGCGUUCGUCACCCAAACCGAGCCCUUGGACGCGAGGAGACUGGAGAGUGAAAUUAUCCAACAGGCAAGGAUGCUGGUUGCCAAUCACCCUGAUGUGGCUUGCAUUGUACUGGAAUGCACAAACAUGGGACCCCACGGCGAGGCCGUGCAAAAGGCAACGGGACUUCCCGUCUAUGAUGUGUACACUCUCGGAGAAUGGUUCUACGCAGGACUUAGACGGCGAAACCCCCGCACAUGGUCCGAGAAGACCCAAGCCCAGCUUUGA